AUGCUCGACUGUUAUGGAAUAACCGAUGCUGACAUUGUUGCUUCUGCUCUCCGUGAGAGACCAACAUUGAGGUCUUUAUCCUUUUCACCUAUUUUUCAUUCGCAAGAAUAUGGAAUUUUGAUUACUAAUCAUUUCAUUCACUCAUUGGUGAGUUUGAAGGGUUUGACUUGUCUUGAAUUGUCCUAUUGGCGUAUCUCGGAUCAGUUGCUCUCCUCUAUUGCAAAGGAAAAUCCUCCUUUGAGGAGGCUUGACCUCGCAUAUUUCACUGGCUAUAGUUAUAUUGGAGUAGUUAGUUUGUUAUCCAAGUGUCAACGUAUCCAACAUUUGGUUCUUAAAAGAGCCGAUUUUUUGAAAGAUCGCCAUGUUGCCUUGUUGACUUCGUUUCUUGGUGAUUUGGUUUCUAUAAACCUUAGUGAAUGUAGUAUGCUCACAGAAUCAGCCUUGUUUGCACUCAAUGAGAAGUGUCCUUUACUUAAUGAGAUCGUAAUGGCAUGCGCAAAUAUUGCAUAUGAAAGAGUAGGGAAUUGUGUUGUAAACCCUCAAAUCAAGUGUCUACGUUUGGCUAACAAUUAUGUGUUACAAGAUACAAAGAUCAUAAUGUUUGCUUCCAAUUUUCCCAAUUUGCAACUGCUUGAUUUGAGCAGUUGCAUUAACAUAUCUGAAGAAGGUAUUUGUCAAGUUUUAAGGAGAUUUUCUAAAAUUAGACAUUUGAACUUAGCCCAGUGUUCAAUAAUGAAGCUGCGAGGAAUGAACUUUGAAGUUCUUAAACUGGAGGUGUUGAACUUGUCAUAUACAAGGGUUGACGAUGAAGCACUCUAUAAAAUUUGUAUCGUUGUCAUGAAGUGA